CUGAAUUAUUUCUUUAAAUUUUAUCUAAUCCAGAUACAAUUUGAAUCAAAUUAAUGUGUAAAUAACAUGUAGUUUUUAGUUUCCACCAGGCUGGUAUAAUCAUGGGGCCCUCGCUUCUGGCGAAGAACGAGGCUUUCCGCUCCCGGCUGCUCCCGCCGGACUCUAAAUUCAACUUUGAGAUGGUUGGAAACUUUGGGUUCAUGAUUUACGCUUUCAUACUUGGUCUCCAAUUCGACGCCAACUCCCUCAAGACAAUCGGCAAGAAGUCCGUCAUCAUCGGCCUCUCCGGCACGCUCUUCCCCUUGGUCUUCGGCAGCUUCACCUUUGCAGUUUUACAAAACGACAUCAUCCUAUACUUCCACGAGGAAGUCCUCUACGGCCUCCACCUAAUGGUGGCCAUCAACGCCAUGACCUCCUUCAUCGUCAUCUCCAGCUAUCUCACCGACCUCAACAUUCUCAACUCCGAGAUCGGCCGCUUCGCCACCUCCACCUCCAUUGUCAGCGACGCCUGCGGGUGGUUCAUGGCCGCCAUCGUGCCCAACAUCCAAUCCGCGUUUCAAUUCUCCGGCACCGCGCCGCUCGUCUCGGUGUUGGUCAUGUUUACGUACUACAGCGCCAUGAUUGGCGUGUUCCGACCGCUGGUGGUGAGGCUCGCCAUCAACGACGACGAGGAGCCCAUGAGGAGGGGCCACUUUAUUGGGGUGGUGACGAUCAUAUUGGGGCUGGCAUUCGUCGCGGACUACAUCGGGCAGCACUGGGCGUUUGGGAUUUUCAUUUUCGGGGUGUGUUUGCCGGCGCGGCCGCCGCUAAGCUCGGUGUUCGCGCAGAAGUUCGGGACUCUGGCCGUGGGGAUUCUGCUCCCGCUGUUCUGUUCCAACGGCGGGCUGAGGAUGGACUUGGCGACGGUGCGGCAGAGGUCGUCGGUGCCCGUAGAGGCUCUCAUCGUGAUGGGCUAUCUUGGAAAAUUCACCGGUACAAUUUUGGCUUCUCUGUACUUCAAGUUCCCCUUCAGGGACGCCUCCUCCCUCGCUCUCAUCAUGUGCUUCAAAGGCAUCAUUGAGAUCGCAGCAUAUGCCCUUUGGAGGGACAUUGGGUUGAUAAACGAUCAAGUGUACGCGCUUCUGGUGAUGACAAUGGUGAUAGCGACGGGGCUGAUCUCGCCGAUCUUGAGCUACAUCUACGAUCCGUCCAAGAGGUACAUGGAACACAAAAGGCGGUCCAUCAACAUGCGGCACAAGCCCACGGCGGAUCUGCGGCUGCUGGUGUGCGUUCACAGCGAAGAGAACGUGCCCACCAUGAUCAACCUCCUGGAGGCCACACAUCCGACCCGGAGCAGCCCCGUCACCGUCUUCGUCCUCCAGCUCUCAGAGCUCAAUGGCCUCACCUCCGCCAUUCUCGCCCCGCUCAACCAAUGCAACAAACCCCGCUCCAAGCUCACCCGCUCCGAGCAAAUCGUCAACGCCUUCAAGUACUUCGAGCGCCACAGCCAGGGCCCCGUCGUGGUCCAGCACUUCACCGCCAUAGCCCCCUACGCCAGCAUCCACAACGACAUCUGCAACCUCGCCCUCGACAAGAAGUCCAGCAUGAUCAUCAUCCCUUACCACAAAAAAUGGGGAAUCGACGGAUCCGUGGAAGCCAGCUUCUCCAACAUCGAGGCCGUGAACCAGAACGUGAUCGAGAAGGCACCCUGCUCCGUCGGCGUUCUCAUCGACCGGGGACCAGUGGGGCACGGCUGGUCUGUUUUCACCGAACAGUCGCUGUACCGGGUGGCCAUGCCCUUCCUGGGCGGCGCCGACGACCGGGCGGCGCUGGAGUACGCGAAGCGCAUGGCGGGACAUCCCAACAUCAGCCUCACGGUUGUGUGGCUGAUGUCGUUGGGUAACGCCAGGGAAGGGGACGAGAGGGAGAAGUUUUUAGACAGCGAGACGAUGUACGAUUUACGGGCGAGUGCGUCGUUGAAGGAGAAGAUUGUGUAUAAGGAGGAGACUGUGAAUGAUGGGAUAGGGACGACGCAGACAAUUCGAUCAAUGGAGGAAGAAUUUGAUCUGUUCAUAGUGGGGAGGAUGCAUGAUCCCAAGUCGCCGAUGACGUUGGGACUGGCGGAGUGGAGCGAGUCGCCGGAGCUAGGGGUAAUGGGGGAGAUGCUGGCCAACUCGGAUUUUGAUUUCUCUGUACUGGUAAUUCAGAAUUAG